ACUGCGGACACAGUACAGGAGAUGACCAGAGACUGCGGACAUAGUACAGGAGAUGACCAGAGACUGCGGACAUAGUACAGGAGAUGACCAGAGACUGCAGACAUAGUACAGGAGAUGACCAGAGACUGCAGACAUAGUACAGGAGAUGACCAGAGACUGCAGACAUAGUACAGGAGAUGAGGAUCUUGUGGGACACGUGACAGGUCCCAGAAGACUACGGGGCCAUUCACAAAGUGCAGCACUUCUCGCGCAUGCGCAGUGGGCACCUGGCUGUGAGCUGUCACAGCCGGGUGCCCACACUGAA